GCGUGCAAUUCACCCAGAUGCUGUCGAGUCGUGCAGCACGACGAGGCCGUCUGCACUCAGUUAUUGAUCUGUCAGUUCUGAUAGAAACGUAGACAUAAUAAUGGCACGUGAAUAAAGAACAGAGCGAACAAGAGAAGAAAUUUGCUCGAUCAUCUCGGCUUUGAAACCUAGCAGAGAUUUACUCGUCGAUUCAUUUUCUCGGUUAAAAUCUGUCUCGAGUUCCCAGCGUUAAGUCUUUUGUGUGUGUGUGUGUUUCGAGCAGUCGGGUGAAUAUUUAUCGGCGUCACUGCUAUGCACAACAGUAGAUAGCAUAAGGUGUUUCUCUCCUCGUGCCUUUUGUGUGUCACUUGGCUUCGCAGGCGUGGUGGUGGUUCGUUCACAAAGUUGCGUGAGGGCUGUGCUGCUGGAUCGAAGCUCCCCAUAUCUCACAAGAGGCCGUCUAGCUCAACGCAGAACAACAACCGACAGCUCGACUGGUCAUGGGUAACAAAGUGGCCACGUUCACCGAGCAGCAACUCGAGGAUUAUCAGGAUACGACAUUUUUCGGCCGGAAAGAGAUUUUGAGAGUCCACCGCCGCUUCCGGGAGUUGCAGCCGGAACUAGUACCGCGAACCAUGUCCCUGGAAGCCACCCGGGAUCUGCGAUUGCCAAAGAGUCUCAUCAACACACUACCGGAGUUAAAGGAAAAUCCAUUCCGCGAUAGGAUCCUCAAAGUCUUCUCCAGCAAUGGAUCGGGCGACUUGUCCUUCGACGAUUUCCUCGACUUGCUCUCUGUUUUUAGCGAGCACGCACCCAGGGAGCUCAAACUCCAUUACGCCUUUCGAAUUUAUGAUAUGGAUGGCGACGGUGUGGUCGGGCCGGGAGAUCUCAAGGCGGUGAUUGGCCGGCUGUGCCAGCACGAACGCGGGCUGACACCCGCCGAAAUAGACGCCGUCGUCGAACAAAUUCUGGAUGAGGCGGACGUCGACUGCGAUGGCCACCUAACCGCCAUGGAAUUCAGUCACGUGGUGGCGCGGGCGCCCGACUUCGUCCAAACAUUCCACAUUCGAAUAUAAUUCGUUGCGUCACCAUCAUCACUCAUCAUCACAUCCCGGAUCGGAGCUGCUGGGAAACGUGACUCCCGAUCUCGUUUUCUGUUGUCGUCUUAACAUUUUCUCGUUCAAGUUUGCCAAUGUUAUGCUUUCCCAUUUUUCUUCUUCUAUUUUAAAUUUUUCUAUUAAAAAAAGAAACAUUUCCCGAGAUUUAAGCACCGUUCCUCGUUCAAAAAAUUUUACUAUUCGAUAAAUUUUUCUGUAGAGCCAAAAUUGAGCCGAAAGGUAUUAUUCUCUCAUCGCGCGGUCCCAUCUGGAGAAUAGACCCAGAAAUUUUGGUUAUUGUUGAAUUCGUCCAUUAUCGUUUGUCUGAUUCUCUCAAUUCCCUAUCAGGAACGACGUCGUAGAUUCCAAUCUUUUUUCUCCUCUCUGGUUGCAAAAACUGAAAUACACUUUUCGGCCUGUCGACUUUUCAAAAUUAAA